UCACCCACCGAGAAAUACGACAAGAACGAUGUGGAACCCGCUCAUUCUUCUUCGACUAACGACUCCUGCUGACGAGUGUAAAUGUGGGUGCCAUUCGAUUCCUUAGUCCUCUAAUUGUUUGGAUUCUAUUGGGAACACAGCGCAUCACACAGUUUCCGGAUCGGGCUUGGGUCCGCCGCCAGAUUAUCUCCAUCGCCGGCCUUCCCGGCAUGGACGCAGCCGCUUCUGCCGGAGGCAGUGACGACCCCCGCUGCUGCCGCUUCCUCCUCGCUUCCCUAUCCGCUGCUGCCGCAGAGGCCCAGUCGUUGCGCGCCCGCUGGACUUCCGUCUCCGCCGCCGUCGCUCGCCUUUCCGCCUCCCUCGACGACCUCGCGCCCCUCCCACCUAAUGCCCUCGUCGCUGACCUCCUCCAAUCCCUCACCCAAAUCCUUUCUCCGGCUCUCGCCCUCGCCUCCCUCUGCCGCGCCUCGGAUCCCCCAGCCGCCAGGCUUCGCACCCAGAGCGAGAUCGACGCCGUCUCCGCGGCGCUCCACCAGCUUGCUGCCGACGCCGAUCUUAUCCUACGUUCUGGCGCGCUUACCUACCUUCCGUCUCCUCCUCCGGAGGCGGGGAGUUCUCGCCGAGAGCUCGUGCGGACGGAGGCUAGGAGGCUCGUGACGAGACUUCAGAUCGGAAGCUCUGAAUCGAGGAUCGCUGCGUUGGAUUCUCUUCUCGACCUACUCCGCGAGGAGGAAAAAAACGUCGUGCUCGCCGCUGGACUGGGGGUGAUGCCGGCGCUAGUCCGCCUCCUCGAUUCAGUCGCCGGCGCUGCGUCCUGCCACGACGCGAGGGAGAAGGCUGCGGCCGCAAUCGCGAGGAUCUCGGAGGUGCAGAGUUGCCACCACCUUAUAGUGGCAGAAGGGCUGCCCCUCCUACACCAUCUCGCUCGCAUCCUCGAGUCCGAGGGUGGCGCCGCCAAGGAGAAGACUUGCACCGCCCUCCACAUCCUAACCCAAAACAGGGGCAACGCCGUAAUCAUCGGGUCCCGCGGCGGGAUCGCAACCCUCCUGAAGAUCUGCCGCAAUGGCAGUCCUUCCGCCCAGGCCGCCGCCGCUGCAGUGCUGAAAAAUCUCGCCACAGCGCAAGAGCUCCGGCUGAACUUCCUCGAAGAGAAUGCAAUCCCGGCCCUCAUCGGUCUUUUAGCAUCCGGAACUCCUCUUGCCCAAGAGAACGCUAUCGGUUGCCUCUCUAAUCUAUCAGCCGGCGCGGAAUGCGAAAGCAUAAAGCUAUCCAUCUUCAAAGAAAGGGCUUUGGAACACCUGAAGAACUACUGGGAAGCAGUCGACAGAGGAGAGGAUCGAAAUCUUGAGCUUGGGGUUUGCUUGUUGAGAAAUUUAGCAUCUUUCAGGUACAUAGCUGAGAUCAUCGCCACAACUGGCUUCCUUCUUCCCAUCAUCAUUGCUCUGAAGUGCGACAAGCCGGGAACAAGAACAGAAGCAGCGAGGGCAGUUGCCGGAUUGGCUUUGGUUUUAGGGAGGGCACGGAAGGAGUUUGAGGACGCAGUGCCUCCUCUGGUGCGCAUGUUGGAAGCCAGAGCAUUGGAGGAAAAGGAAGCUGCUUCAAGGGCUCUGGCAUCGCUAAUGCCAUUCCUUGGUUGUCAGAGACUACUAAGGAAGGAGGAGAAGGGGAUUGUGAACGUGGUUCAACUCCUCGAUCCCUUGAUUCAUAUAGAUAAGAAGUACACAAUAUCAAUAUUGGUAUCGAUUUCGCAAUCAAGAAAGUGUAGGAAACAAAUGGUGGCAGCAGGAGCUUAUGGAUACUUGCAGAGACUUUCUGUGAUGGAAGUGGAUGGUGCAAAAAAACUACUUGAGAACUUUGGAAGGGGAAAGAUACUGGCAGUGUUUCCAAGAACCUGACCAUGGAAGUCAGCUGGGAAAGAUACCCAGCUUGAAGCUGAUUGAUUCAUUGUGUAUGUAAAAUUAACACUACUUCAGCAGCCAUUGUUCACCUGUGUAGAAGAUUUUUUGUUCUGAAUUAGGUGGUGGGAAUAUUUAUGUGUGACUGACCAUUGCAAGACACCUUAGACGACUGUUGGAACGGUAGUUAGGAGACAAAAACUCAGGUGAUUCUCAGUGUUGCAGCUUCUCUGAAAUACUACUCAGCUCUGUUUGUUUUGAGGACAAAAGUUUACUAGAACUGCGAUGUUUAGUGUCUCCCUCUUCCACCAUCUUGUACAGUUUUUCAUGGUGUGACAAUUAAGAUCA